AUGAGCUCCGUCGAGUACAACCUGCGCACCUUGCCCACCACAUCCAUCACGCUCUUCCCAGCCCGCGCCCAGAUCUCGCGCGAGGUCGGAGACGUCCCGCUGCAGCCCGGCACCAACGAGGUCACCAUCAUCGGCCUCUCGCCCACCACGGACGAACACUCCAUCAAGGUCGAAGGCAGUGGGGAGGCGACCAUCUCCAACAUCACCGUCGAGAGACUGGCCAACACGGAGCAGUUCGACGACGUCUACCCCGACGAGGAUGAGGAUAUCUUGUCAGGCUCAGAUGACGUCGACACGGAUGACAACGACGAUGACGAGGAUCUCAAGGAGGAUGAAGAGCUGCGCGCUGCCAAGGCAGAGAGGCAGCAGAUCAUGGACAGCAAGGAGCUCACCUCUCAUCGCAUCUCCUGCUUACAGCACAACAACGGCGCACUAGACGGCUACAUCACCAAUGUCCGUGCCGAGCACAAUACAAAUGUCGAGGAGGCAUCCGAGGCGUACCAGCGACUCCGCCAGAACAACUACCGGGGUCUCCUCGCCGCGCAAGCCGACCAGCGCCACCAAGAUGAGCUCCUGAAAAGAAUGGACGCCAAGAUACGCCGCCUGACCAAGCGCCAUCGCAAGCAGACAGCCCAAGCACGCCGCCAGAAGCGCCUCUCCAAACUCAACCGGGUCAAGGAGCAGCUCAAGGCUUCGCGAGCCGAGGAGCAGCGGAUCAAGGAGAAGCGACGCAUCCGCACGGAGCGCAGCAAGUUCUGGCCCAAGUACGUCUAUGCGGUGCGCAUCCAGCUCGAGGUCAGCGCCUCUCUGCCGUCGCACGGGCAGACCUGCAGCCUGCUGCUCUCGUACGUCACGUCCGACGCCUACUGGGCGCCCAGCUACGACUUGCAGCUCAGCACGAAGUCCGCGACAGGCACGCUCUGCUUUGACGCGCUCCUUACCAACGCCACGAGCGAGACCUGGGACAAGUGCAAGAUCACCUUGUCCACCUCGCAGGCCACGUCGUCCAGUCUCGCCGACAAGGCGCCCGAGCUCCGCGAGUGGGCCAUCAAGCGAGGCGGCAGUGGGGUGCCACUGCUGUACUCGCGCGAGGAGCAUCAAAAGAGGACCAUGGGCGCCUCCAUGACCAAACAGGGCAAAGCAAACAGGGAAGCCAUGUUUGGUUUCGCGGCCAACGAUCCGCGCGCCACCCAAGACUACCAGAUGCAGCUCAUGCUCCUGGAGCAGCAGAACAAGAAGAGGAUGGAGUUGGCGAGGCAGAAGCAGAAUCCUGGGGCCCAGGGAGCGUUCCCAGCGCCGCCACAGAUGCAGCAGCAGAGCCUCUUUGGGGGCAUGCAGUCAAUGCAACAACAGGCUGCGCCCACUGGCUCUGGAUUGUUUGGCGCCAGACGCUCAGCACUAUCUCAAGCUCAAGAGCAGCAGGCUCAAGCUCAAGCACAGCAGGCUCAAGCUCAGGACCUGACCCAGCACACCUUUGACGCGGAUCAGUUUGACAGGACGACGCGGGCUCGGGGAGGUAUGCGGUCUUAUCAGAGAGCGCUCAGGGCCGAGGUGGACGAGGAGGAGGAGGAAGGCUACUCCGUAUCCAGUGGGGACGAGACGCCCCGGGAGGAUCCCAACCUCGCCUUCCAGAACUCGCUCAUCGAGCAGACGGGCUUCGCAACAGUGUACGAGCUGCAGGGCCCCAAGACGCUGGCGCCCAGCUCGACAAGCGCCAAGCAGCGCAUCAGCACCAUCGACCUGUCGGCCAUCAAGUUCACGCACACGGUCGUGCCCAAGCUCAAGGCGGCGGCGUACCUGACGGCGACGAUUGCCAACACGAGCCGCAACAUCCUGCUGCAGGGUCCCGUGGGCGUCACGCUGGACGGCGGGUUCAUGGGCCGGACGACGCUGCCCCGAUGCCCCGGCGACGGCGCCGAGCUCCGGCUGGGUCUGGGUGUCGACCACGCGGUGCGCGUCGUGUAUGCCACGCCCGAGGUGCGCCGGAGCGGCGGCGUGUCGUACAAUGAGGAGAGGAAGAUCUACAUGCGCAGCGUGUACGUGGAGAACACGCACUCGGCGGACUCGAUCCGCCUCGUCGUCAAGGACCAAGUGCCCGUGUCCAAGGACGAGCGCGUCCGCGUCGAGGUGCUGCACCCGGACAAGCUGCGCGCAGAACACCAAGAAGAUGAUGGGAAGCAGCAGCAGAAACAGGAGGAGGUCGCCGAGGUGGGCGAGGCGGGCCGGAAGGCGGACGAGGGCCAGUGGGGACGUGCCGAGGUCAAGAUGCUCAAGACGGGCGCGGUGGACUGGCUCGUGACGCUGAGGAAGGGGAGGAGCGUCAGGCUGGCGCUCUCGUGGCUUGUCGCGACGCCCCUGGGGGAGGAGGCCAUGCAGGUCGACCACUAG